AUGCCCACCUUGUCAGGAGAAGAUCCCCUCUCAUUUUCAGACGCCUUCAACUUGGCUGCCACUUGCCGCCAACUCCGUCUCAUCUUGGACAACCAUACACCUACGAUUUACAAACGCCUACGCAGACAUAUCAAAGGUGGAAUAUACGCCAGACUCUUACUCGUAGACCAGGGGAGUUUGCCCUCUAUCUCUUCAACACUUGGGAUCCAUCAUUUUCGGCACUUGCGGAGAAAUUAUCGUAAAGUAGAGAAAGCGAUCAAUGAAUUUGACCAUGUUAUUUUGACGGACAUUCAAAUGGCCACACCCCACAUUGGUGACCAAUAUUAUCACAGAAAUCCUGAUCUCUUGCAUUUGACUCCGACAGAACGCCAUCGCUUCAUGCGGAGCUACUACCAGAGCAUGCUACUGAAGCACUUGCACUUGGCGAAUGUAAUACUUGGUUUUAUGCUGCGCCUUACUGAAGUGUUGGAACCCGCCGUACCUGUUGGUAGUGAAUGGCUUGACCUUCUUCUAGAAUUGGGAAACUAUCUCUAUGCAUUGCAAAUGCGGGGAAAACUAAAAUAUAUGUGGGACCAUUGCCAGCUUUUUUUCAAGACAGCCUUAUGCACCUACCCGUGGCGGAAGCCGGCACAAGGGCCUGUAAAGGAGGAACAGGUUUGGAAUAAUGAGACUGAUGAGAAUGAGACUGUAUUUAUCUGA